CCGUGAGGGGGAGAGGUAGUGUGAAUGGCGGCGCAGGGCAUGUGUAAAUAAAGCAAAGCAGGAAUCGACUUAAUUGAUUUUGAUGCAUUGAAAAACGAGUUGUUCACUAUUAAGUCUGGUGAUAGUGGUGGUGCCGUACGAGUGAUGAGUGGCGAGGAGAGAGGAAGAAUUGAGUGAGGAAGUGAGUGUUGGGGAGGAUCAGGAGGAAGAGGAGGAGGAGCUGGACACGCCGCCCUCAUAUGCAAUGUGAGGAAGCAGCGGCGUUCAUUAGGAAGGUGAUGAUGGACUGCUGGCGGGGACGGGGACGAGGCAAUUACCGAGGGCCGAGAUGAGCUGCCUUCAGGACGUACCUUAAGCUCUCACCACCGCCCACGCCCGCCCCGCGUCCGCCCCCGCCAUGGCUGCCGACAGCAGCUUGCCGGGGCGGCGCUUCCUGUGUCGCGAGUGGGCGUGGGCAAAGCUGUGGGCGUGCCUGGAGCAGAGGCCAGCAGCCAAGACCUGCGGAGCCCUGCUGGUAGGCGGUCCAGGCACUGGCAAGACUGCCCUCUGCACCGAGCUGGUGACACCCUCUGCCUCCCAUGGCCGCCAUGCCUCGGCUCUCCACGCCCGGCUGCUGGCCCACCACAUGUGCCAUGCCCACCUGGCUGCCUCCCUCAGUGUGGGCUGCUUUAUCCAGUCUCUGGUACUUCAGCUGGAGACAUCACCACUGCUGCCUGGCUACAGCACUAAGACUGAGACCCCUGAGGUGUGUGCUGCCCUUGAGCCCCGCGCCCUCCAUACCAAUCCUGACGAGGCUUUUCGACGCUCUAUUAUUUUCCCCUUGCUGGAGUUGGACCAGCCAGACCGCACAUUGCUGCUGGUGGUGGACAGCAUUGAUGAGACAGACUUGCAGGCUCCCCUGGCGGCCACCCCACGGGAUGGCGGCUCUGUAGACACAGGGAACAAGGGCCCGUCGCGCACCAUUGCCGAGCUGCUGGCCACUCACCAUCACCUGCUGCCCCAGUGGCUGCUGCUGGUGGUCACUGCUCGCCGUACUUCACGCACCAUCAUCCGACAGUUUGCUGGCUUCCGCAAGGUUGCUCUGGAUGACCUGCGGCGUGGCCAUGUGGUGCGAGACGUGCAGCAGUACAUCUUGUGCCGCCUGGAUCGUGAGCCAGCUCUCAGGCACCACCUAUCCCGAGAGACAGCAGAGAUGCUCAACCAACUGCAUAUCAAAAGCAAUGGCUGCUUCUUGUACUUGGAGCGAGUCCUGGAUGGCGUGGCAGAUGGCUGGGUGACACUGCGUGAGAUCCGCCACAUUCCCGGCACUCUCAAUGGCCUGUACCUGUGGCUGUGUCAGCGACUGUACCCUCGCCGGCACUUCCAGCGUGUGGCUCCACUUCUAGCUGUCAUUCUUGCUGCCCGUGCACCGCUCACAUCAAAAGAGUUGCGAGAAGCUGUUGAGACACGCUUCCCGUCACUAUCUGACGAAGACUGGAACAAACGAUGGUCUCUGCUGAUGCGGGUGCUGGCUCCAGAACAUGACCAGCAGGUGCUUCUGUUCCACCAUAGCUUCGCCGAGUGGCUGCUGGACGUGAAGCACUGCACACAGAAGUACCUGGUGGACGUGGCUGACGGGCACGCCAUGCUGGCCAUGAGUCUCUCAAUCAAAGCCCCAACUCUCUCCCUGACGCAGGUCCACCAGCUGGCUCUCCACCUCUCCCGCAUGCACCUUGAGCCGCCCCUGGAGCAACACCACCUACCCCUAUGGAUGGUGAUUUGUGGGGUUCCCCUUAACCUCUGUCAUGAUCUUCCUCCUCCCCGAGAUCCUCGUGCCCUGAGGAUUCUGCAAGAGGCCGGUGCUGCCCUGCCAGAUGAUCAUCCUCAGGAGGAAGAGGAUGAGGAUGAUGAUGAAGAUGAUGACGAGGAGGAAGAUGAGGCUGAGGAAGGUGGGGAAGAUGAAGGACCUCCAACAGAAAUUCGUUAUGAGGAGUUAGAACAGGAAGAUGAAGAGGCCCAGGAUGACACACAUGAAUCUAAGAAGCUGCAAGAAGAAUGUCGUAAGGAGGGAUACGUGCCAGAUGAUGAAGCCAAAGCCAAGACUGAUGAAAUAGUGAGUGCAGUUGAUAACAUCAAAUUAGAGGAAGUUUGCACUGCAGGGAAUGAACAAGAUGAGCCAGAAAAGAAAAUUGAGGCAGAAACAGAAGAGUCAGGUGAAAAAGUAGACAAAGAGGAAAAGGAAAAGGAUGGGGAAUAUGUGACAAUGGUUCCCCUGCCGGGAGAAUUUGUUAACGGUAGUUCUGUGGGUGGACGGAGUAUCGACGGUGGCAUAGGCACUGGCAGCUGUCAAAGCACCGAUGGCAGGCAGAGCACCGGUGGCCGGCAGAGCACUGGUGGUCGACAGAGCACUGGGGGUCGGCAAAGCACUGGGGGCCGGCACAGCAGCACUGGAGGUAGGCACAGCAGUGAGCACAGCAGUAGUAGUAGUCGACGGCGGGAGCGACGAAGGCGACGCCACCGUGAGGAUCCCCUGUACCCUUACCUGCGUGGCGGACCAGUGGACCAGGUGGACAGCUCUGGCCGUUCCUUGCUGCACAGUGCAUCCCACCAGGGUGACACCUCUCUGGUGCGCCUCCUCCUAGAACGAGGAGCUUUCCAUGGCCUUCAGGAUCGAGCUGGCCAGACACCUUUGAAUCUGGCAGCUCGUCAUGGCCAUGCUGAGGUGGUGGCCACACUGCUGUCAGCUGGUGCUGAUCCUGAUCAUGCCGAUGCUGAUGGCUGGACGGCUCUUAGGUCAGCAGCCUGGGGUGGACACAGUGGGGUGGUCAAUGCACUGCUGAUUGGUGGUGCACAGGUAGACUUGGCCGAUGCUGAUGGCCGCACAGCACUGAGGGCUGCUGCUUGGGGCGGCCAUGAGGAUGUGGUGGCUGCCCUCCUACGCCACGGUGCUGACGUGAACCGGGCAGACAGUGAGGGACGCACACCACUCAUUGCAGCAGCUUACAUGGGGCACUCAGAAAUUGUGGAGGCGUUGUUAGAGGCAGGUGCUGAUGUGAACCACGAGGACGUUGAUGGGAGGACAGCACUGAGUGUGGCAGCACUGUGUGUUCCAGCCAGUGAGGGACACACCAGCGUGGUGACCACCCUUCUGGAGCUGGGCGCCAAGGUCGACCACCAGGAUCAUGAUGGCCUCACACCUCUCCUUGUAGCAGCCUUCGAAGGACACACGGAGGUCUGUGAAUUAUUGUUAGAAUAUGAAGGAGACGUUGACCACGUGGACCGUUCAGGCCGCACCCCUUUGCUGGCAGCUGCCUCCAUGGGGCAUGCAGCUGUGGUGGAGCGACUCCUCUUCUGGGGGUGCUACGUUGAUCACAUUGAUGCUGAAGGACGCACAGUGUUGAGUGUAGCAGCAGCACAAGGCUCCCAGGAAACUGUGAGGUUACUGCUUGACAGAGGCUUAGAUGAAACGCACAGAGACAAUGCUGGUUGGACACCACUGCAUUAUGCUGCAUUUGAGGGCCACUGUGGUGUGUGUGAGGCCCUGCUUGAGGCAGGUGCCCGAGUCAAUGAAGUGGACAAUGAUGGCAAGCACGCCCUGGUGCUGGCAGCCCAGGAAGGCCACACAGCUGUGGUGGCCGCACUGCUUGAUGCCGGGGCAAACAUUGACCACACUAGCCAUGACGGGCGGUCUGCCCUUCGUGUGGCAGCCUUAGAAGGACACAAGGAUGUUGUACAUCUCCUUUUGUGCAGAGGAGCUGAUCUCCAUUAUAAAGAUGCAGAUGGUCGCUCAACACUCUAUCUCUUGGCACUGGAAAAUAGACUUGAGAUGGCAAAGUUUUUGAUGGAAAAUAAUGCAAAUGUGGAAAGUACAGAUUUGGAGGGACGCACUCCUCUGCAUGUCACAGCCUGGCAGGGCCAUACUUGCAUGGUGGCUCUGCUUCUUGAUGGUGGCGCCCAUGUUGAUGCUGUGGACAAGGAACGCAGGACACCUCUACAAAGUGCUGCCUGGCAGGGUCAUGCAGAAGUAGUCAGAUUAUUACUAGAAAGAGGUGCCACAGUUGAUCACACUUGCUCUCAGGGAGCAACAGCACUAAGUAUAGCAGCACAAGAAGGCCAUGAGGACAGUGUUGCAGCUCUCCUGCAGUAUGGUGCUAACCCAGCACACUCAGACCGAUGUGGUCGCACUGCAAUCAAGGUGGCCUUAAAAGGUGGCCAUAUACAUCUUGCCCGCAUGCUGGAGGAGAGCAUGGUCAUGCAGCAACAACAGCAGGGAGGUGCUUCUCGCUUGGCAGCAUCCUCAAUGGGGUCGGGUUCCACAACAGACACAAAGCCUUGCUCAGCUAUGCUGUGCCCAGGCCUGGCUGCCUCACCUGCCGAGAGUCCAGAGUCAACCUUUGAAAAGCGUCGAUCUGUUGCUUCUCUAGGACAACAUUCUUCUUCCAAAUCGUCUGGGAAUCUCACCACCUCCACCCGUUCCUCAGGUGGCCCUAGGGCCCCCACUCCCCGUGAGGCCCACCUCCUACAACACCAGCAGCAGCCUCUGCCGCCACCUGCACCAUCGGCACCACCAGUAUCAGCCAUGUCUCCAAUUUUAAGUUUCACUCAACAGCUCCAGCAGUGUGGCCGUGGCCGAGGCCGCCGCCAUCCACCACCGCCACCCCAGCCAGCCCUCACCCCUCUGGAUGAGCCAGCAUCACCAAUCUAUGCUUCUCCACCACUGUCACCGCUCAGUGAUGGUCCUGGUGGAGGGAGGAACCUGCAUUCACUAGCAGUUUUAGAAGAUGACUACACAGUUCCUCUGCAGCACCCAGCAGCACGUGCACCAAGACCCUCAGCACCGCCUGUCAGCAUCCCUGCUGAGGUUGGGCGUCGAUCUGGAGGAGGAGGAGGUGGAGGUGGAGGCGGAGGCGGAGGGAGAGGGGGAAGUGGUGGAGUGCCUGGCCUGGAAAACAUACCUAAUGUUGGGGUCAAUGUUCCGGGAGUCACAGGGGCAGGAUCACCAGGCUCCUCUGGGUUCACCUUCACCCAGGACCAGCACAUGCGCAUCAUUCUGGGCACUCGUUCCCCCGAGCCACGGCCACGUCGCAAUGGCAUUGUCACCAACCCAAGCCUUAAGGCCGCCCAUGCCAAGGCCGCCCACCUGCUCAGGAAUGGUCUCAGUGGCCGACCCAGACCACCACCAGCCAGACCCAAUGGCUUGCCACUCAAGAAGGAAACCCCACUAUGACCAAAGAUUAACACAGACUGUAGUGAGCCUCUACUGUGGCACCAAGGGGACAACUGAAUGCUACCAUUAUACACAUGGGAAAGGAGGAAAGAGGACAAGUAUUCUUUGUUGUCAAAUGUGGAUCUUGUCAGUUGCCAUCAU